GAUCAUUUGCGCUUUGCUUGUAUGCUCUAGAUUGGUGUUUUUUGUAUGAUUAGUUUGUAUGAGAAAAUUGAUAUUAAACUUUUAUUUUGAAAGAAACUUGUUAUUGUAAAUUUUUAACACAAAAACCCACGGGUACCCAUGAACCCACGGAUACACAACGGGUUGGGUUGGGUUUGAGUUUUUCAAACUCAACAAGUUUUACCCAGAUUUUUUUGGCGGAUAAACCAAGGAUUUGGGUUUGGGUUUGACCCAACCCGACCCAUUGCAUUCUGCGGUUUUUGCUUAGGGUUGAGCUGUAACUCGGCGUCUGAAGGAGAAAUAACCCAGUAGUAGCGAAAAAGGAGAAACCGGCGAUGGGAAGCGAGUCGAAAUCCAGCGGCAACACCGCUCCAAAUGGCGGUGGAGGAGGAGGGUUCAAGUCGAAGUUAGAACAUGCCAUGUACAGUGGAGACAAGAAGCAUGUAUUGGCUGGGAUCGCUGUCAUAUCUGUCAUCUUCGGCAUCCCGUGGUACCUCAUGAACAGAGGGUCAAAGCAUCAGUCGCAUCAAGAUUACAUGGAUAAGGCUGAUAGAGCACGGAAGGCAAGACUUUCAUCUGGUUCUUCUGCUAGCUAAUCUUAGCAAAACCUCAAAAAACCCUUCCGAUGGGUAUAAGCACUUGUUCUUUGCAUAGCACAAUAGUUAAGUCGUUUUGACUGAGACAAGAGUCAGCUAUUAGUCGAGGUUUCUUCACUGCGGCUACUCCGGUUGUUUUCGUUUCAGCUGGCUGUCAGCAGAUCAGGGAAUAAAGCAUACAUUAUUUUGUUUUGGUGUGCAAUGCUACCACCACCUGAAAAUGGAGAAAUGGAGAUUUCAUGUUUAGGCCACUGUAUGUGGACCAUUCUUCUGCAGUGUAACCAGCAGCUGAAAAGUUCCUCUAGGUUCUUCAAAUAACCAGAGUUUAGUCUCGGCCAACAGAAUUGGCUGCUUGCAAUUACUUGUAGCGAUUUUGGAUUCUCGUACGAGAAUGUCUGAUGUACGUUGAACCAGACUGUAUUUGACGAUUCAGAGAAAGUUUGGCUAGGAUGCCCGUGGGUUCAUUGUCAUCCGAGCUCGAAAGUAAGGGAAAGGAAACGUCGUAGGAAGCAUCAUAGCCAUAGUCCAUAGAAUAUAGACACUUUGAGCUUGAGAAAAAAAGCUUCUUUAUUCGCCUUAGGCUAUGAGGAGGGACCACGAGGUAGAAGGUAAAAGAAGGCAAGAGGUAGAAGGGCCAGUGUUAAGGGCGAGUCUUACGCCGGGCGAAGGUUUAGAAAUGUGAGCCCGAAGGUUUAGAAUAUGUUCGACCGUAGGGAGAAAGAAAAUGAAUAAGAAAAACUUUA